UCAGCCGACGUCAAGCGUCGUGGCUACGGUAUCAUGGAUCAGGCCUUCUGAGACAAAACUGUAACAAUCACUGGUUUGGUUAGGAUCUGCCUAUUUCUUGGAUAUAAGUUAUGGAGGUGCUAGGAGAUGAAAUUACAUCGUUACGAACCGAAAUUCUUGAAUACAACAUCGGCAAGUACCAGACGUUUCAUGAUGCUCUGGAGGGCGAAAUGGAAGGAUGCUUUUUAAAUAUCGUGUUCUUUGGAAUGUUUGGCUCUGGAAAAUCCGCUCUGAUUAACUCUAUUCACAAGGCUUUAAGUCUUGAAGAAGAGCCAGCUAUAAUUCAAAAUACCGGUAAGGAUGGAACGAAGGCUUUGGAAAGUUUUGUUCUUCCGGGAAUCCCAGUCAAGCUUUACGACACACGGGGAUUUUUCGCAAUGGACAUCAAAGAAGAAGGGGAGCUGUUUCGUAUUCUUUUUGGCAUUCACCGACCUGGAGAAGAACUGAAGCGAGAUCACGAAAGCGCUCAAUUGGCAGAAGCCGCUGGUCCUGCUGCCUAUAAAUUAGAAAAACGCCCGCUGGUCGAUCAGAUGCAUGUUGUGUUUUGGGUAAUAAAGGGUGUGGACAUCAGAUUCGAGAAGGGAAAAUACAGGGAGAUUAUUACGUUUGUUCAAGAGCAACUGAAAAGAGCAAUAAUAACAAUAUUUACUGUCAUAACGUUUGAUGACGAGAUUCAAAAGAGGCCCAACGCCGAUGAUGAGAGAGAGAAAUUGACAAGUGAAGCUAUUGAGGUCACCGGUGGUGACAAGAAAAAAGUGUUCUUUAUUGCCAACCCAGCACGAGGACAAGAUCUCGAUCCCAUUUACAAGAAACGUGUCUUGGAAAUGUUGGAACAAGCAUUGGAUUGCGGUGAACGGUCGAUCAGGGUGCGGCAAACUAAAAGAGAGAACGGUAAGAAGCAGGCACGGAAUUCAGAGUCGGCAGUUGAUGGCCUCAGGUCUCCAGUCCCAGUGGAGAAUGACGACCAACCUCCGCUUAUUCCGUUUAAGAGUUUUCCGUAAACCCUUCACUGAAGACAUUUUUCCUAAUCCAAAACAUGAUUCAGUUACUAGUUAAUCGAAAGUUCGGAAACCAACUGAAGUACAGGCAACCUAGAUGUGAAGCGGAAUAGUUACGGUCUUUAAGAGCUGGGAGAUACAGUGACCAAUAUGUAUGUCUAUAUAUGUAAAUAUCAGUAUACUUUGUUGUUUUCAUAGCCAUCGGAUUCAUUCUCUCUUUCAGUCACAGCAUGUCAGUGCAUGAAUUUUAGGUUAUCCGUGGAGGACAUAUAAACUUGUAAUCGUUACACCUAGGUUGAUAAGAAAAUAAAUAAUUUGGAUAUAUCAACAAA